CUAAAAGAAAUGCUUCGUAUGGCUUUUAAGCAAUAAAAACGUUAAUCCUUUUAGUAAAAAAUGAAAAUCUGUGAAUUGUUGUUAGAACGUGGUUUAAGAUUUUAUGAGUUAGGUAAAUAAGAGUAAAGAAUAAUAAAUUAGAACAAUUUGGAAAUGCAAUAGAUUAAUUUGAGAUUUGUAUGUCUGUAUUUGUAGAAGCUAAAAUUCCAAAGAGAUGGGAAGAGACAACAUUUGAGGAGUUAACUUAAUAAAAAUAUGCAGAGUAAUCUCAAAUAGACAGUAUAUAAAAUAAUUUAAAGCAUAAAGGACUUCGUGUGAAAUUAUUUGAGAAGAUGGCAGAAUGUUAUUAUAGACAACAUGAAUAAGGAGCAUGUACAAAGAUGUGUGAUUAUUGGUUACAAAUGAGUCCAUAAUGUGUAAAUGCAGUAAUAUUGCGUGCAAAGGUAAGUAUAAGAAAUAUAGCAAUAGUCCCGUUUUUUAUCAGAUAAUAUAACAUAAAUAGAUUGUUAGAUGGCAUUUAAGGAUUUAAAAUUCGCAUAGUAACUUGAUCCUCAUAAUGCAGGAGUGGCAAAGUUUUAUGAGAAGGUGAAAACAUAGUUAUUGGCAUAUAAAGAAUUGGAAUAUAGGAAUUAUACAGAUUUAUAGAGAAAACAAUUGGAAUUGAUACAAUAAUAUAGAAAAUAAGAAGAUGAUGAAGAUGUUUAAUAGGAUUUCAUGGCUCAUUUGGCUUAUUAAGAUUAUGAUUAGGAAUUAAGUUAUGAGUUAGAUAAUACUAAACCAAUACCUAUUGAAGUGUCAGAGUUAGGAAGAUUCAUAGAGACUAGAGGAAUGGAGAUGGUAAAGAUAUAUUAACAGAAUGGUUAAUUAAAAGAGGCUGAAGAUUUAAAAGAGAAAUUGAAAAAAGCAAUUGCAGCAAAAAAGUAAUUAGAAAAGAUAUCUUAAUUAGAUUUUAAUAGACCAAAAAAAGUAUAUAUAUUUUAUAUUCAUAAUUAGAAAUUAUAUGAAUUUGCGUAAAAAUAUGGUAUAAACUUAUUGGAUCCAUAAGUUUAAAAUGAAUUUAAGAGAAUUUAAGAGUAGAAUUUAGAAGAUAUUAGAGAGUGGUUAAAAUAAAAUUAAUGGACUUAUACUGAUAAGGCAACUUAAAUGUAAGAGUAGGAAUUAGCUAGAUAAGAAUUGGCUAAGUUGUAAUUUAAGAGAAAAACAAUUCCUUAGAAAGUAUUAAUCAUAUCAUUUAUCAUAGCAUAACAAAAAUAAAUUUAAUAAGAAGGUUUAGCCAUCAGUUAAUACUUAAAUUAAUAGUUCCACACCUGUGACUAUAAAUAAUAAUAUUACAUACAAUUAGACUUUUAAUCAAUGCAACAAUGUUAUAAAUAAUGCGAGUAAGGUUUAUUAAUUUAUUUUUUUGUAGCGGCUGAAUAAAGUGAUGAACAAUUAGCAGAUUGCAGUUGCUUUAUUAUUUUAACUAUUUUACUAAUAGCCAUAUUUGCUAUAUUUUCAGCCAUAUAUUAUUCAUUCCUUAAAUGAAUUAAAU